AUGGAGCUUAGCAAAGUAACGCUAGAGAUCUUCUCCAAACUCGAGCAACAAUGGCUUUCCCACUACGAAGCCACGUCCAAAACCCGCAUUCUCAGCAUCGACGGCGGAGGAACCACUGCCAUUGUCUCCGCUGCAGCCCUCGUCCACCUCGAGGACCAGAUCCGCGCCCAAACCUCCGAUCCCCACGCGCAAAUCGCCGAUUACUUCGACAUCAUCGCCGGAACCGGCAUUGGAGCCAUCCUCGCCGCCAUGAUCACCGCUGACGACGGCUUCGGCAGGCCUCUCUACACCGCCCGUGACGCCGUCCGCUUCGUCACCGAGAACAACCGCGAACUCUACAAGCCGAAGCGCUCUGGUGUGUUCCGCCGCCGCCGGAGAUUCUCCGCGCGGAGCAUGGAAAACGCGCUGAAGCGGGUUUUCCAAAGAAAAGAGGAAGAACGACGGUUGUUGACUCUGAAGGACACGUGUAAGCCUCUGCUCAUCCCUUGCUUUGACCUCAAGAGUUCUGCGCCAUUCGUGUUCUCCCGAGCCGACGCGUCCGAGUCACCCAGUUUCAACUUCGAGCUUUGGAAGGCGUGCCGCGCCACGUCAGCCACGCCUGGCCUCUUUGCGCCGUUUCACUUCGCCUCCGUCGAUGGAAAGACGUCGUGCGCCGCCGUCGACGGCGGCCUGGUGAUGAACAAUCCGGCCGCGGCUGCGGUCACGCACGUCCUCCACAACAAGCGUGACUUCCCGUCGGUUAACGGCGUGGAGGAUCUCCUCGUACUCUCGAUCGGAAACGGAGCGCCGGCUAAGAGAGUGAACACCGCCGGUGAGUGUUCCACGUCCGCGGUGGUUGACAUUGCGCUCGACGGCGUUUCCGAGACCGUUGACCAGAUGUUAGGGAACGCUUUCUGUUGGAACCGUACGGACUAUGUCAGGAUUCAGGCGUUCGGUUUGGGAGAAGGAAAAGAAGAGAAAGUGCUAAACGAGAGAGUCUUGGAAUCGUUACCGUUUGGGGGGAAACGGUUACUGCAGGAAACUAACGGUAACAGAAUCGAGAGCUUCGUGCAACGUCUUGUUGCUACCGGAAAGACGAGUCUGCCACCUAGUCCCUGCAAGGUGCCACCGUAA